GUGUAUCCCGUGAAGUUUAUAGGGCGGAAACGCUUUCUGAUAUACCAGAAAUAAUUUUGCUGUUGAGUGUUAAAACUUAUCGAACGGGGCUUAAACGCGGUCAGUUACCACGGCUAAGAGAUGAGUUAAAGCAACGUUUUAAAAUUAGAAGCAGUCACUAAACUAAACAUAAUCUAGUGCAUGGAUAAACGUCGUAAACAAACCGGUCAUGCAGCGCACAAAGAUUUAGCUUGAGCAUUUUGAACAGCACAACAAUUGAAAACAAAAAAAAAAAGCGAUUGGAAGUGAAAGAGCAGACAUAAAUAAGUCUUAAGUCAACAAAAUGUUGAUUCGUUGGAAGAGCAAAGAUAAAAGUGCAUCAACAAAUCAAAGUGGCAGUGGAAGCAGCAGCUCAUCCUCUAAAAAGAAACGCAAAGGACGAGAAGGAGAGGAGGACUGGCAAAAUGAGAAUAAGCCGGGUCGCCUGCCGCCAAGCGAGCAAAGUGGCGACGAUCGCCGACGGAACAUGCGUCGCGACGAUCCACGACGUCACACGCUCGGCGGCGACAUCCUCGUCUACGGCAACUCGCAGCAUCCACACGCCCAUCAAUUGUCCCAGCAACAACGUGCCAUGGACCUCGAAAUGAGCACACGUGCACAAAAGAACAAGAAAAACCAGCCAAUGCGUGGCUAUGCUCCCGUUAAUCAGGGCCCACUCUUUGACGAUGAUCCGGGCAUUAUGUCCGAGGUGGAAACAGCGAGUACGGGAUUUCGACGCGGCGGUAAACAGCGAUCGUCGUUGCCAGUAGUGCGAACACCGUCGAAGACCCUUGAACGGCCGCUUGGUCUCGUCUUUCUGCAGUACCGAUCGGAAACGAAGCGAGCUCUGCUCCCGAAUGAGAUCACCUCGAUAGACACGGUACGAGCGUUGUUCGUACGUUCGUUUCCCCGACAAUUGACCAUGUCGUAUUUGGAGGGGCCGAACGUUAAGAUCUACAUACACGAUGCCAGCAAGGAUAUGUUUUAUGAACUGGAAGACGUACGAUCUCAUCUGCGGGAAAUACGCGAUCGCUCCGUGCUGCGCCUCUUCGAGUCAACAGAGGUAGCGGCUCCUCCUCAGAUUCUGCCCGGUGGUCCUGGCAUACCACAGCCCCUACCACAGGCCCAAUCGAACUGGGAUCAGGACCAGAGCUAUUUCAGCGAGCCAGAGUUCGAUUCGGACUUUAAGCAUCAACACAUUCACAAAUCAAAGAUUGGCAAGCAACCAGCCCCUUAUUAUGUUGGUUCAUCUCAGACGUUGCCACGUGGCAUGUAUGCCUCGGAUCGCAAUAAAGUCUCAAUGGGAGCGCCUGUGAAACCAUUCAGAUCGCUUUUUCGAAGGGGUAGCUUGGAACCACUGUUUCCAUAUUCCUCGGACCAAUUAUACAGUAUACCAGACGGAUAUACUAGUUCCCCGGAGAGGAGCUCACGCGGAAACUAUGAGGAGCCCUAUUACAGUCAGUACGGUACUCGCGGCCCUGUCGUCGCACCCAUCAUUGACGAGGAACAAAGCGAUGCGGCUCUCGCCGAAGACCAAUACUCUCUGUAUGGCAUAAAAGUUGGUCCCAACCGCCUGCCACAUCGCGGUAAUCAGAUUUACGAUCCAACCAGACCUGAAGAUUUACAUCGCAUACGUGUCGAGCACAUGGAGCGUCAACUGGCCAACUUGACUGGAUUGGUCCAAAAGGCCUUGGUUAAUCAAAAUCCACAAAUCGCACCAAUAGCCGUACCCACAUUAGACUCCAACUAUCUCGUUGUGCCAUCACAAAUACAGGCUAACGGUUCCGCUGACGAGCUGUACGUUAGGGAAAAGGCUCCUAAAUUGGGCAAAAACUCAUGUCAGAAAUCCGUGUCGUUUGAAAAAUCAGUUUCGUUUAGCGACGAUAUACAGGGAAUUCCCAAAUCUCAUAAUCCACUACAUGCCGCUGAUACCAAACCUACAAAACCGGCAAUCAAGUCUUCUACAUUGCCAAGAACAUCGUCACAAGAACGCGAUCGACUUAAGCCUCCUCCGCCGCCAAAACCGAUUGUACUAGCUCAGACAUCGCAUCCAAAUUAUCGGGCGGACAUCGCACUCGCUCCCGAAGUCUACAAUCAUUUGAGAGGUCUACAGAAGAAGGCAAAGGACUUACGGAUGGAGGUGCGAACCUUGAGGCGAUUAUCCCAGGCUCAAUCCGUGGCGGUACGUGAGGAUAUCAAGAGCACCUUUAUGCGCAUACGUGCCACACUGUUGGCCAGUGGCAGUGGCAGCUUUUGGGGGCAGAGUGAUCAGGAUACGACCCGCAUAUCGAGGGAGGAGGAACUCUAUAAACAGGAGGUCAUACGACUCGAAAAGGAUUUAAGCGAUCUGGAAGCAUCCGUGGAGAAUCUACGUGGCGAAGUCAUCAAUCGACGGACCCGAGUCAAUAUGACCGCUGUGGAGGAUAUGGCCCUAGUUCUCAGUCGCGCAAGCAAGACUGUUGCUGAACUCAAACUGAAGUUUCCAACACUGUCAAACGGAUUGCGUUGCAUAUUGUCGAACGAGAUGGAAAAAGUAGUGCGCGAAGAAAAGUUCCUAAAAGAAGAGCCGGACCGUUUGGAAUCGGCACUACGUCGCUGCAAAAAGUUAACUGGCACCUUGGUGACACUUAAACGACUGGCUAGCGUGCAGGAACAACGCUUACCUCCCAAUGAGCCGCCAAUAACUGAAGAGUCCUUACGUUCUGCAGAUAUUUCGGCUCCUGACAAGCCAAUCCCAACACCCAGGAUGGGGUCGUUCGCUAUCAGCGGGGGACUCGCACCCGAAAACGCACUCGAUGCUUUGCUAGACGAGCUCAAGACAUUCUCAAAGCCGAUUGCUCAACAACAACAGCAACAACAACAGCAACAACAACAACACCAUCAGCAACAACAGCAACCUUUCGAGGUGCGUCCCGAAGAUUCAACAUCCGAUGACAGCGCACAGGCGGCUGUGCAAAGUACAGUCACCACGCAAAUUUCGCAGGCGCGUCUUUUCACCGAGGCGAACAUGAAUAUGCAGCAGGCGAACGCGAGCACGAACACAAGCACGAGCAACACGAACACGAGCAUGGUGAUGGCAACAACAACAACAACAAGUAAUGUGGCAGCACCAUUAACACUACCAAGAGGUAGUACACUUGCUGGUACCUUGACACAUCAGGAAUCCAAACUGCAAUUGAUGGUAAACACUGGAAAUAUUGGAAGUCUGCGUCGUUUGCUCUCGUUUCCUAGUGCCAGUGAAUCGGAAAACGAGUUCCCUGCUCCACCACCGACACUGCCAAACGGUGGUAAACCGCCCAUACCCGAGCGUAAUGCCGAUUUAAUAACUAAAGUGGGUCACAAACGUAUACCGCCACCACCGCCGCCGCGCACCAGCUCACGCAGUCCACUGGCCAGUCCGACAAGCCCAAAUGUGCCACAUGUGGCAGCUGUGGCAGUGGGAAACAAUGUUGCCAAAGUGGCAGUGGCAGCAACUGCUGCUGCUGCUGCCGUUGCUGGCAACGACAACUCAAGUGGCGACAAUUCCAGUGGCAAUGAGUCGGGCAACGAUCAUGUGCAACGUCAGGUGGCACUUGAGAUGCGUCACCAGGAACUAUUGAAAAAGCAAAAGCUUCUACAGGAGCAAUACCAAAGAUUGCAACAAAUGAGCAAACUGCCCUCGGUGGAUAUAUCCUCAACCACACAACCAACUGGAUCUGGUCACACUGAAACAAAUAGCAUACAGCAAAAGAUCGCUGCAUUGAAUUUAGCUUGUUUAGAGUCAGGUGGCAACACUGUCGCUACUUCUUCUACUGCUGCUGCUGCUGACAAUUCAGCGCUGGCUACAAAUGGUGUGUUGAUCAGUGAUGCUACGGGUGGUGUGGUUGGCGGUGGUGUUGGUGUUGGUGGUGUUGUUGCUGCUGCUACUCAAAACACACAGCAAUCAAGCACAAUGACCACUAAACAGGUGUACGAAACGGAAAUACUCUAACACAACUGGAAAUUGGCGUGGAGCGAAACUAAAAUUGAUAUUUAAAUACACCCAGAGACUAAAUAAAUACACAGAUAUUUUCGA